AUGAGUAAGGUGGUUUUCGUCGGAAAUGUCCCUUACAAUAUGGGAGAGGAGCUUGGCGGGCGGCCACUCCGUAUUGAUCUCGCUGAUUCUGAUCCAUUCCUUGAAGGCAAGACGACUGUACGCGGCGAAUUGGUCGAUGGGGGUGAAACGCGAGCACAAUGGCGCGAGCGCGAACGUGAGCGUGAACGACACGGAGAUCGUGACGACUAUAGAGGUCCAUCCAAGAAUCAUGACCCGAAUGCGUUCCUCCAAAGUCUGCCUCCUGGCGUUCCGAUGCCCCCUGGCUCUACCGCACUUGAUACGAUUAGCCAAAUGCUUGCCACAACGAAUCCGACCCAAAUCCUAGAGGUUUUAGCCCAGAUGAAGGCUUUUGUUAUCACACAUCCUGAACAAGCUCGAGCAUUACUUGUUGCUCAUCCGCAACUGGGAUAUGCACUGUUCCAAGCAUUGCUCCUCAACAACAUUGUCGACGCGGGUAUCUUACAACGGAUGCUUCAAGCUACAAGUGCUUCUGUUCCACUUCAGCAGCCACCCCCACAGAAACCGCCUCCCGCAGUAUCAUACACACAGCCCCCGCCUAUGCAACAUCCCCAGCCUGGUUUCCCACCGUCCAUGGCGGUACCGCACGCUCCUGUCCAUCAUCCCACACCACCUGUACCGGCGCCUCCAUCAAUGUACCCAUCGGCACAGCACAUGCCGCCUCCUAUGCAACAACCUCCGCCGUAUUACCGGCCCGCUCCGCCACCGCAGCCACAACCCCAGCCGGUUCCGCAAAUGGCACCCCAGCCUUCAGGACCUGGGUAUGACUUGGCACACAGGGCAAGUUUCUCACAGUCGCAACAGUUACCAUCUAACAUGAUACGGUCAAUAGGAUAUGUUGAUUCAAGUUUUACAGCUCACUGA